UGGCUAUGGCAUCUCAAAAUCAGGUUCCUAUCAUCAAUCUUUCAAGAACUUCACUACAUUGUGUGCGUGGAGAACAAGAGUGGCACAAUUUAUGCAAAAGGGUUAGGGAAGCUUGUGAAACAUUUGGGUGCUUUGAGGUGGUUUACGAUCAAAUAUCCCUGCAACUAAGAGAUGAGACCUUCGAAAUGGUCAGGCAAGUUUUUAGUCUUCCAUCAGAGACAAAGAAGAAAAAUUUUAACCCAAAGCCUUAUCAUGGGUAUGCAGGGGGGUACCCAGUAAUUCCUUUGUAUGAGAGCUUAGGCAUUGAAGAUGUCACCAACUAUGACUCCCUCAGAAGCUUUACAGAAUUACUUUGGCCUCAUGGCCAUCACCAGUUCAGCCAAACAAUUAGCUCCACGUUGAAGCCAGUGGAAGAGCUAUGCAAGAUAAUACAAAAGAUGAUUAUUGAUAGCUAUGGAUUGAAAGAAAAAUUAGGGUUGAUAAUGGAAACAAAGACUUUGUUAAGGAUGAUGAAAUACAAAGCUCCUCCAAGUGGGGAAUAUAUGGAUGGACUCAAAGCCCAUACAGAUAAACCAAUGUGUACUCUUUUGUUUGAGGAUCAAGUUUCAGGGCUUGAAAUUGAAACCAAAGAUGGACAAUGGAUUCAACUCUCUCCAUCCACCACCAAUUCCUUUUUCUUUAUUGUUGGAGAUCCUCUUAUGGCAUGGAGUAAUGGAAAAUUGCAUGCAGUGAAACAUAGGGUGAUGAUGAAGGGUGACAAAGACAGGCAUUCUUUUGGAGCAUUUGCAGUUCCAGUAGAAGGGACUAUCAUCAAGCCACCUAAGGAAUUAGUUGAUGGAAAUCAACCCCAGCUUUUGAAGGAAUUUGAUUAUAUGGACUUCAUAAUAUUCUCAUAUUCAAAGGAGGGAAUGACUAUAGAAUCAGCAAAGCAGAUGUUUGCAUUCGCUGGGAACAAUUAAGUAAUCAUUCGUGGAAAGGCUCAAUACAUACAUUCACCCUUAAACUUUGCAAUUUUAAUUUUAUGACACCUUAAAUUUUAUAAAUGAUUUAUCAUACACUUGAACUUAUAAAUUUUAAUAAUAUAACACAUGUUUCAAUA